UUCCCUCUUGUUUUGAAAUCUUUGUUAUUAUAUAAAAUUUCAAUUAUGAAAUACAGAUUCCUGCUUACCACAUUUAAUAAAACCAGAAAUUUAUCUAUUAAAAGCUUCUCCACAAAAGUACCACUACAACCUGUGGUGACUUUAGAAAAAGAAAAAGAAACUAAAGUAAAAAUAGAUAGAAAUACUUUAGCUCUUUUAGAAAGACUUUCUUUGGUGAAAUACGACACACCCGAGGGUGUGAAAGUGUUGGAAGAUUCUAUAGCAUUCGCCGACCGGAUUCUACACAUAAAUACUGAUGGUGUGGAACCUUUGUACUCUGUAUUAGAAGACGAAAAUCUAAGUCUCAGAUCAGACAAGAUCACACAAGGAAACUGUCAGAAAGACAUAUUAAAGAACGCAUCUGUGACGGAAGAUGAUUAUUUUGUUGCACCUCUAGGAAAUAUACCCUUAUUUGAAUUAGAAAUUGAGGAAGAUAAUUCAAAAGCAAAACAAAAUGAAAACUAAUCUCCGUACCAUAUUAAACAUUAAAAACUAUUUUGUCAUACUGAAAUCAGCAGAAAAUUGCAUAAACUUCACAUUAGGUGAACCAAGUAGAAUAUUAUUAAGCAAUAUCUAUACAAACUGGUUGAAAUUCUUAUAUACAAAAACUCAUAAGCAUAUACCUGUAUAUAUAAAUAAGUUAUAUAAAAAUGUUAAUAACAAAGUGAUACCAUAUGGUUAUAUAGAUGGUAGUAUACCUAGAUAUGACAAGGAAAGGGAAUGGGUGCACAAACUCAGUGACUUCGGGCCAGAGAACAGAUCACAACUGCAGGUGACAGUUGUGAUACCUCGGGACGAUGUGAUGCAACACUUUAUGCAGUGGCAGAGAUACCGAAAAUAUUGGUGGAGUUCAAUAAGCACAACACCAAGCCUGUUCAGUUUGAACGACAUGAAGCAUGAGGACAACUUAGAGUCCAAUGUGAACGUCAUGGCCAACUUCCCGAGUGGACCGCGACCCGUCGAAACUAUUACAGUCAAGGGUGAAGAGAGUACAAGCAGUUUAACAUGUUCGAUGUCGUUGGAAAGCGCUCUAUUCGUGUUGCUGCUCGAUGGAAUGAACAAUCGCUCCAAGGAGGGGUAUCUGAGACUGCACAGGAAAAUGGCGCCCUACAAAAUAUCCUUUGCAAUUGAUCCAAAAGAUGAAGAACACAAGAAGACCUUAUUAGAGUUGGUUUCUUUGCUAUACCACAAACUGGAAACUAAAAGUAUUCCGGCGUGGCAGCCCGAUUUCUCCCUUCCUCUGGCGGACCAGAUCAAAGAGAGCUUACAGAUGGGCGUCACAUACACGGCAGUGUUAAACGGCACCACUCUCAAUGACGGAAUAUUUCAUUUACUGAACAGCAGUACUAUGUUAAAGGAACAAGUCCACGUCGCAGAUUUCCAUUCGUACGCCGCCCUGCUAUUUGGAGAUAAAUAAACGAAUCCACCAAA